GUGGACCAUUCCGAAGGGCAGCUGGAUCCGAAGGUGUUCAGAGAGAUCGUGGACAGGAAUUUCCGUUCAUUUCUUGGAUGGAUGUGUACAAUCUGUAUUUGGAGGGAGACAGCCGAGCCUUGGGGGCUGUCCGAGACAGUCUGCAGCGGUACGGCCUAACCAAGAAUCACCCCAGAUGCAUGCCUGGAUUAAUUCGGUGUGUGGCUGCUGUUCGGAGCUGCCACUGCCGAGAUCCUACCGCUAUCCUCGCGUGUCUGGAAUGCCACUCGCUGUUUCCCAAGGCGCAAAUCUGCAUUGCCAAGAAUCUUCCGGAUUUGGAGAGUUGCAAAGAGAAAGCGGCCUAUGUUCGGGCAGUGAUGGCGGCCAUUGUGCUCUUCGCUGGAGGUGUUUGCGAUAUUCAGGAUCUGGUGGGCUGCCUCCAAAGGCCCACCUCUCCCAUGUCGCUGAUGGACAUCAAUGAAAUGUUAUACUGCACAGCCACCCUUCUUUAUGCCAUGCGAGAGAACGGGGUCAAGAUCAGCAACAGGUUUUAUUACAAUGUUUUUUAUUAUUUUCGUACCGUGGAGAAUUGGCCCUACAACGACUCCAACCCUGAAUUACUGGAUUGUAGGACUGACUUAAAGCCUACCAGAGAACAAGAACAGAUCUUGAACCACGCCUUUAAAAAACCUGGAGAGGUGGUAAAAAUUGUGGGUUUUGCAGGCACCGGGAAAACGUACACACUGAUCCAGUACACCAAGAAAUGGCCCAAGCUUAAGUUCUUAUACUUGGCGUUCAACAGUUCCGUCCGAGAACAGGCGAAGCAGCUUUUCCCUGAGAACGUCACCUGUGAAACCUUCCACUCCUUAGCUAAGGAAGCAGUCAAAACAGAUUACCAAAGAGAACUUGAACUGUUCCCGCUGACGUCCUAUGUGGACAGCUUUCUCCAAUCCAAUCGCCAGGAAAAGCUUCCGUUCAUCAGAGUCAGCAUGAUCGUUCAGACCCUCACUGCGUUUUUCGCUUCAGCGGAUGACUCUAUCACUGUGGACCACACACCCAAAUGGUGCAAGAACAACUGCGAGAAAUUCAAAAACUGUGGAUUUGGUGCUGAGGAGCUAUGUCAGAUCAUUGUUGAAGAUGCAAAACAAAUAUGGAGGGAGAUGCAGACGCUGAGCCCAACCGGGGAAAUGGCGCACCGAAUGACGCACGAAGGUCUUUUAGAUUACUUGAAGCUUUGGCAACUCCAGAAGCCUUCGCUUUCCGAAUACGAUGUCAUCUUGGUGGAUGAGGCCCAAGAUUGCACCCCCGCUAUGGCAGACAUUGUUCGCUCACAAAAGUGUAGUGUGAUCUUGGUAGGAGACCCACACCAAAAGAUCUACUCCUUCUGUGGUGCUGAUAACACAAUUUUCAACAUCCCUCACGACCACAUCUUUUACCUGACACACAGUUUUCGCUUUGGCUCCGAAAUCGCUUACGUGGGCGCGACCAUUCUGGAUGUCUCCAAGGGAGUCCGGAAGAAAACGCUGGUGGGGAACAAGCAGGAAAGUGACGUCAGUGGGGUCGGCGUGGAGGGGACGGUGGCCCACUUAUCCCGGACCAACAAAACUGUCUUUGAGGAUGCUGUGAAGCUUACCUGUGGAGACACACCUGCUAAGAUACACUUGCUCGGGGGACUUGAAGCCUUUGACAAGAUUCGUGAUAUCUGGGCGCUUCGUCAUCCUGAAGGAAGACUCGAGAUACAGGAUCCCUUCAUCAAAAGUUGGAAAAAAAAAGGCUUCAAGAGCUUCAAGAACCAUGCUAAAGAAACAGAAGAUGAAGAACUAAAAACAAUAAUUGCAAUUGUGGAGGAGACUCAGGGUUCUAUUCCGGAUUUGUUGGACAAAAUAUCCCAGCACCAUGUCUCGGCUCCAGAAGAUGCAGACCACAUCCUAGGCACUGUGCACAACGCCAAGGGGCAGGAAUUCGACACGGUCCAAGUUGCUAGAGACUUUGCGAACAUUACAUUGGGGUGGUACUCUAAAAGGGUGCCUGGGAUUGAAGCCACCACCCUAGACAUUGAGUGGAACUUGCUGUAUGUCGCUGUCACGCGAGCCAAGAAGCGUCUCAUCCUGCCCAUAUUUUUUACUUCUGUCCUAGAAAAGGCCAAGGAAUACUGCAUACGGUUUGAACUCGCCGACAAAGUGCGCGAAACGGCAUCGCUUUGGUGUUUGGAGGACGGCUGCUUCACCGUCAUCCCAGCGGAUUCUUUCCUAAUCCCGAAAAGGAUGAAGUUUGCUUACUCGGGCGGCAUCGAAACCUCCGAGAAAUUACUUUGUCCUUCUUGUGCAGCGCGGAUCCUCAGCCCCGUUGCACACCUCGCAGGAUCUCCCACGAUGGUGGAGGAGGCCGCCCGUGCUCCAGAAGUCAUUGAGGUUCCACCCGUGCUUCGCCACCUCCUCGAAGACCUUUGAGUUCUUCACACACACACAAAAAAUUGCACUGGGCAUUUUUCAAAGCGAAAAGAAAGCAAAGAAUGUAGAAAGGAAGGGGUCCUAUUGAUGUGAGAGCGAUGCUGUUGUUGUGGUGCCUGGAGAGUCAGAAUCAGAAGGGACCUUGGGGGUCUACUAGUCCAACCCCCUCCUCAAACAGGAGGCCCUGUGCUAUUUCAGAUAAGUGGCUGCCCAGUGUCUUCUUAAAAAACCCCAGUGAAGAAGCCCCCUACAACUUCUGGUGGCAAUCUGUUCCACUGGUUAAUUGUCCUCACUGUCAGGAAGUUUCUCCUCCAUUCCAGGUUGCUUCUCUGCUUGAUUAGUUUCCACCUGUUGUUUCUUCUCCACCCAAGGGGGGGGACUGUGCACAAAUGAUUGGCCACACCUCUACCCGGUGGUUUUACGGUGCUUCCCUUCCAUCCUGGAGCCAGCAGAACAUCACAGCACCCACAGUACACCCUUGUCACACACCUGGGGACGUCUGGGCUGCUGUCCUUACGGCUUCCCCAUUUCUCCCUCUUGCACAGCCGGUGGUUCCCUUGGCUGAAAUGUCCAACUUUUGCCAUCCUAUCAAAAGGAAUAGCAACAGCCCCUAGACCAGUGGUUCUCAACCUUUUUAGUGCUGCGACCCCCAACCGGUCGUAAGUCGAGGACUACUCAACCGGUCGUAAGUCGAGGACUACUCCACUGGUGCAGCCCCGUUUGCAGAAUGGGA